UCACCCAAAGCAAAUCCACGUCAUCGAUCCAGCAUAUGUAGAACAGUAAAUGAUUCUCCUCCGUCGAUCUCAUGGUAUGUACGGCUAAAAUCCAAUCCCACCAAAUCACGCGGAUAGUCAUCCUGGCCGUCCAUCAAUCCCAAAUCCAAAACCCAAAAGCUCAAACAAUUUGCGCCAAAAACCCUGAAACCAAAAAUUCAAAUCAUCCGGAAAACGAUUCUCUCCUCUCUAUUUAACCCAGAACUAAUCUUCCCCAUUUUCACAAUUCACAGGCAAUUACCCCUUCAAGAUUUCAUCCCUCCGUUUCUGUCGGUGAAAAAUGUCGGGACGUGGGAAGGGAGGCAAGGGGCUGGGCAAGGGCGGAGCGAAACGACACCGUAAGGUGCUCCGCGACAACAUCCAGGGCAUAACGAAGCCGGCGAUCCGGCGUCUGGCGAGGAGAGGCGGAGUGAAGAGAAUCAGCGGUCUGAUAUACGAGGAGACGAGGGGAGUUCUCAAGAUAUUCCUGGAGAACGUCAUCAGAGACGCCGUGACCUACACCGAGCACGCCAGGAGGAAGACGGUCACCGCCAUGGACGUUGUCUAUGCUUUGAAGAGGCAGGGCCGCACACUGUACGGCUUCGGCGGCUGAUCUUUGCUUCUCUUUUACUGGGUUCUCUUCUUGUGGUUUGUGGGUCUUUGCUUUUUGUUGUAUAAUUGAAUGAUUCCGAGUAGUGAAACAUUAGAUUCAGGUGCUGCUGCUGCUUAUUAUGUAAAAUGGAUUUAAUUAUAUUGAAUUAUUUUCAAUUCAGCUCAUAAAAAACAA